GCAGAUAUAGUUGUUAGAGGUUAUGGUGGGUAUAACACGAGAUGGGCUUUGUUUUUACUUGAUCACCUCUUUCCUCUGAGCUGUCCAACACCUCCUGUUGCUGCAACUAUAUUUUUUGGCGCUAAUGAUGCAGCCCUCCUGGGAAGAUCAAAUCAACGACAGCAUGUGCCUGUUGAAGAGUACAAAGAGAAUCUCAGAAAAAUUGUUGAUCAUCUAAAGGAAAGUUUAUCCAACAUGCUGGUGGUAUUAAUCACUCCACCUCCUGUCGAUGAGGAUGGACGGAAAGAAUAUGCACGAUCUGUAUAUGGUGAGAAGGCUGCGACACUACCAGAAAGGACAAAUGAGAUGACUGGCGUCUAUGCAAGGCAGUGUGUUCAGUUGGCUCAAGAGUUGCAUAUUCCUUGCAUUAACUUAUGGUCGCAGAUGCAAGAAACUUCGGGAUGGCAGAAAAAGGUUCCUCAGUGAUGGCUUGCAUCUGACAGCAGAAGGCAAUAAUGUUAUUUACAAAGAAGUCCUGCAAGUAUUCAACAAUGCUCAUCUCUCUGUUGAAGAGAUGCCUUAUGAUUUCCCUCAUCAUUCUGAGAUUAAUGGGAUCAACCUGAAAAGGUGUUCCAACAGAAAAUCUAAAUGUUCGCUUGCCUUUCUGUUCUGUGAAAUUCCUGAGCUACUUUAAACUUCCUUAGAUCCUUUAGGCAGACUGUUACUGUGAGAUAUUAUUGCCUAAAUUGCUUGAUUCUAUUGUUCUUGGUCAUUAUAUUUCUUGGAAGUACAGUAUGUUUGACAUGCCUUUGGUCUUUGCGCCCGUCUCCU